AUGGAAGAGAGCCAGACUUUGGUUUCAAACCUCAUCGACAAUCCCGAUUUGUGGCAAGAUGUCGUGCAGAAUCAGGUCGGAAGAGUCAGUUCUCGAGCGGCAUGGGAUGACAACGACCUCAAGACUGGAAAACAAUCAGUGUGGAAUGCAGACAAUCUUAUUCCUCGCAUCUCUCCAGAUGGAGCGAUUGAGAAUAUGUUACCAUUUCUUACCAAAAUACCCAGCUGGGUGCCACUUGCUUUUCAACCAUGGAAAGCCCAAGAGAUUUCUCGGUACAACACAGAAAGGAACUUUUGGCUUGGGCAGUUAGAGAAAGUCCGACACAACGAACGAGAAAAUGAAACACCUACUUCCUGGAUGGGCAAGUUUCUUUUCGCCAAAGACGGAAAGGCUCAUGGCAUAUCGAGCGAAGAAGAAGCUGGAUAUUCUGUCGGAAUGCUCGCCAUGAUAGGCUCGGUACUCUUGUCAUCGCCUCUUCAAAAUCUGCUCCUUGCGUUUUGUUUCUACCCUGAAUGGCAGAAGAAAGCACAGGAUGAAAUUGAAAUGCGAUGUGGCGAUCAAGUCCCUUCUUUCAGUGACAUUGAGAAACUGCCCAUCGUACGGGCUCUCCUUCGGGAGGUGUUCCGAUGGAGACCACCAGUCCCACUUGGUGUUCCCCACGUCUUAGAACAAGACGAUAUUUUCGAGGGAUUCUUUAUUCCUAAGGGUACCAUACUCUUGGCAGCAGAAUGGGCCCUUACACGAGAAGAAACGAUUUAUCCAGACCCAGAAACAUUUCGACCUGAGCGAUGGCUAGACCCAAGCUUUCCCACUUACCGUGAACCUCUCACACAGUAUCCAGAAAUUAAAGGUCAUUCAGGCUUUGGAUAUGGUGGGAGAACUUGCGUUGGCCAGAGCUUUAGCGAGAUUGUCUUGUUCACUAUGACUGUCACGUUGCUAUCAAGAUGUAAUGUUGUAAGGAAAAAGGAUCCUACAAGUGGAAAAGAUGUUGAUAUUCCGUGGAUGGAUAUCCCUCCCCCGCAUGCUAUUGUCAGACCUGCUUGGUUUUCUUUAGACAUCAAGUCACGACACGAGGUACCGUACAAGGAGUAA